UAAACACACCUUCCUUCCUUCCUCCUCAUUCAAUUCAAGAGAGAGAGAACAACAACAACUCAAUUCAAUUCUAGAGAGAGAAAGACACACACACACACAAUGUCGUCCGGAUCCGAAACCGAACCCGACCCGUAUUCCACACCCAAACUCCCACUCUUCUCCAUACCACCACCCCACCAUACUUCUUCACCCCCCGGCACCUCAACACCACCGCUCCAAACCACCACCGCCUCCGUCCCAUUCCGGUGGGAAGAACAACCUGGUAAACCCCGACCCUGUACGGACCUCAUCGUCGCCCCCACUCACCACACCAAAUGCCUCCAUCUCCCGCCAAGAUUAGCAGCCACGGUGGACCCCACCAAAAUAUCAUCACCCUCGCCCACCACCGUCCUCGACGGUCCAGAUAACAUUCAUGGCAAAUCGUUUUUUUCAUCGUCUUCCUUCCGGUUUGUUAAAGAACGACGUCGUAGGGAGCGAAGGCAGAGGUCGUUUGAUAGUGACGGUGGGUGGAGUGACGGUGACGGUGACGGAGGUGGGCAGAAGAGGUUGUUGUUGGGUGAGAAAGUUGACGGUAACGGUGGAGGGUUGUUUGGGUCUUUUAGGUUUAAGGGUAAUCGUAAAGUGACGUCAUCAAAGAUGAGGAGAAAUUCAAGUGUGUCGAAAGUCACUGGGUCCCACUUUUGGGCCAAGAUUUAUGAAGGGUUUAAGCAAGUGGUUCCGUGGAAGAAGAAGUCCAAGAUAGAAUGCUUUACUCUUUGAAAUGAUUUAAAGGGCCCACACUGGUAAACCCUUGCGCUAAUCAACCCUGGACCUGACCAAGGGUCGAACCAGAGAGGUCAGGGUCCGGGCUGGUCCGGACCUCUGACACGUGAAAAUUUCUAUUAGUUAAUAAGGGUACUCAACUUUGUGGUAUUGUUUUGGUUUUACCUCUAAAUAGUGGUAUGUCGUUUCUAGAAUAGUUGAAAUGGAUAUUAAUAUAUUUUAAAGCAGUGGAUCUAUAAUUAUCAUUUUAUGCUUCUGAGAAA